AUGUUGUCGAUCGUAUCAUUUUCAAUUUUUCUUAUAGGAAUCCAUAUGUCGCUGUCUAAUAGCUGUGACGAAAUUAAUGCCCCCAGGCAUUCAGGUUCUAUUGAUUUAUUUUUUGCUUCUUCAACUGUUUUAUCCAUACAUUGUUGUAUUAUUUCUCGAAGCAAUUCCUCCGGAUUCUCAGGUAUUUUUUCUAUUAUAAAUUUUCCAGUUGUUUUCAUCAUUUUAAAUUUGCUGCUGUAGUCAGUUUCAUAAUCGAUUUGUCGGUAAUAAUUUUUUAGGGUAUUUGCACCCGCACCGCUUUGUACGUCAUUGAAUAAAUGAGGAAGGAUAUCGCGGAUGAGGAAUCUAGCGCGCUUAUUGGCAGGUGCAGUUUGUCCGUUAUUAAAUGCCAUUUUUGAUUU